AUGAAGUACUAUACUGGAAACAAUACUGGAGAUGUGCCGGGGAACUUGCCUGACCCAUACUAUUGGUGGCACGCCGGCGCCAUGUUUGGCACGCUGGUCGAUUAUUGGCAGUACACGGGCGACAGCACAUACAACGACGAGACGAUACAAGCGAUAGUUCACCAGGCGGCCGAUACGGAGGACUUUAUGCCUAAGAACCAGACGCGGACGGAGGGCAACGACGACCAGGGCUUCUGGGCCAUGACGGCCAUGUCGGCUGCGGAGAAUAAGUUUCCCAACCCGCCCUCGGACAAGGUGCAGUACCUGGCGCUGGCGCAGGCUGUCUUCAACCAGUAUACGCAGCGGUGGGAUGUCGACGACUGCGACGGGGGGCUGCGCUGGCAGAUCUUUCAAUUCAACAACGGCUACAGCUACAAGAACUCCAUCUCAAACGGCUGCUUCUUCAACGUGGCGGCGCGGCUGGCGCGGUACACGGGCAACACGACGUACAGCGACUGGGCGGACAAGAUUUUCAAGUGGGAGCAAAAGGUCGGGCUCAUCACGGACAAGUUCGACGUGCUGGACGGCGUGAGCAUCACGGCGGACAAGACGUGCCAGAACAUCGACAAGGCGCAGUGGACGUACAACGCGGGCGUCCACCUGCACGGGGCGGCCAACAUGUACAACAUGACGGGGGACGACGCGUGGAAGCAGCGCGUGGAGGGGAUUCUCAAGGAGAUUAUGGCGCGGAUGGUCAAGAACAACGUCGCGUACGAGGAGUUUUGCGAGGCGCGCAAGGGCUGCAACGUGGACCAGCAGAGCUUCAAGGGGUAUCUGGUGCGGUGGCUGGCGCAGACGGCGCAGCUGGUGCCUUCGACGCAGCAGACGAUCGCGCCGGUGCUGCGCAGCACGGCGCAGGCGGCCGGGGGCGCGUGCAGCGGGUCGCCGGCGCAGGGGUUCAAGGGCAUGGCGGGCACGGCGUGCGGCUUCAGCUGGAUCGGCAGCGGCUUCGACGGCAUCGUCGGCGUGACGCCGCAGAUGUCGGCCGUGGCGGCGCUCAUCGCGCCCCUGGCCGAGACGGCGCAGGGCCCCGUCACGGCCAAGACGGGCGGCACGUCCAAGGGCAACCCGCAGGCCGGGUCGGGCAAGCAGAAGGACCCGCGCGAGCUGAAGCCCAUCACGACGGGCGACAAGGUGGCCGCGGGCUUCAUCACGAUGCUGCUGCUGGUGGGGGUUGUCGGCUCGACGGCCUUCAUGGUCAAGUCAUGA